AUGGAGCGAGCGCGCGGGCCAAGGGCUGAGGCCCGCGCGCCGGAGGAGGUGGAGGGAGCAGCUAUGGCGGCGGCAGCGGCGGGGGGCGCAGGCCCGGCCGUCCUGCAGGUGGCUGGCCUUUACCGGGGUCUGUGCACCGUGCGCAGCCGCCCCCUGGGCCUAGGGCUCGUUUCACCCGCGCAGUUGCGCGUGUUCUCUGUGCGCAGCGGUUCGGGCCAGCCUGCGGGGGGCGUGGGCGGCGAUGGCAAAGGGAUUGGGGCCGAGCUCGAAUCCAACCCCUUCUACGACCGCUACCGCGACAAGAUCCAGCAGCUGCGCAGGUCUGACCCCGCUGCUUUUGAGUCUCGCCUGGAGAAGCGCAGUGAGUUUCAGAAGCAGCCAGUGGGGCACUCCAGGCAAGGUGACUUUAUCAAAUGUGUGGAGCAAAAGACAGGUACCUUGGGGAAACAGUCUAUGAGCAGAGGAUUCACUAAAGACAAGACUCUCAGUUCUAUCUUUAACAUUGAGAUGGUGAAAGACAAGAGUGCCGAAGAAAUAAAACAGAUUUGGCAGCAGUAUUUUGCAGCAAAAGAUACAGUCUACGCAGUUAUUCCUGAAGACAAGUUUGAUUUGAUCUGGAACCGGGCUCAGUCCUGUCCAACAUUUCUGUGUGCACUACCAAGAAGGGAAGGUUAUGAAUUCUUUGUAGGACAAUGGACAGGUACUGAACUCCACUUCACUGCACUUAUAAAUAUUCAGACCCGAGGGGAAGCUGCAGCCAGCCAGCUGAUUUUAUACCACUACCCUGAACUUAAGGAAGAAAAGGGAAUAGUGCUGAUGACAGCAGAAAUGGACUCCACAUUUCUGAAUGUUGCUGAGGCGCAGUGCAUUGCCAACCAAGUUCAGCUCUUCUAUGCCACUGAUCGGAAAGAAACCUACGGAUUAGUGGAGACCUUUAACUUCAGACCAAAUGAGUUCAAAUAUAUGUCUGUCAUUGCCGAAUUGGAGCAAAGUGGACUUGGAGCAGAACUGAAAUGUCCCCAGAACCAGGAUAAGACUUAGAGCUGUAAGAGUUGGCUCCACUCAGGGUCUGCUCAGCCCUGGGUAGCCUAGAGCCCACCCACU